GUGAAGGAAGACACUGCGUAUUGUGCGCUAUCUUCUUACUCUGCAUACGCGAAGGAAACUUAACAAGUGAAAGGGAAGGUUAAGAAUAUUCUAGGGAUGAUACUGGAAACACGAUCUAUAUCAUCCUUAUACUGACAACACAGGAAGCACCACGGAUUAUGGAAACGUCACAGUUGAGUCUGCUACUCCUCGUGGGCGGCCUGUUCUACGCCCACGUCGGCAUCCUUAUGGUCACAACGCAGGCGAGAGUAGCCAAAGUUACUCCAUUUAUCCUUUGCUAUCCGGUUAGGGUUGGAACCGUGUACCUCGUUCUAGCCGGGAUGCUGAUUGCAGCUUCCGUCGGCGCGUGGCUUUGGGACGAACAUAAAAGGAAAAACUACAUCUACAACUUCAACAGCAGCAGCAAAAACUUAAGGAAAAGGAAAAAGCGAAUACAUCCUUUCCUUCAAGUUUUCCCCGAAGCAAAUGCCGACUUCAUUGACCCUGAGACUCUACGGGAAUCGAACUGGACUCGCCCACUGGAAGGGAAACUGCAGUUCACCGGGGACAAUCCUUACUAUUGGAUCAUCGGGAGGAGAGCAUGGCUAAGGCAAAUGCAUCACAGGAGAUUCCCUCGAUGGCCUAGGAAGGACCCAACCUGUUUGUAUCCUGAGCUUCUGGACUUCUAAGCAAUGAGGUCAGGGGUCGAGGGGUCAGAGGUCAUGGGGAUGAGGUUUGAACCUGUGGGUGACAGGGGGUCAAAUGUCAGGAGGAUAAGGAUACAAAGAGUUAGAGGUUCAAAGGUCACUGGAGAAAGGUGUCACUCGUGGAUCACGCGGUUAAAGGGUAGGAGUUCGGGGUUCACGAUAUGAUUCAUAAGAGAUCCUUUAGGGCUAAUACAUUAGGGGUUGGGAUCACUUAUUAAACGUUAGGGUCAAAGGAUAGGGGUUAACAAAAUGUCGCCGGGAACAUAUAAUGGUCACUGUAAUUUUGUUUGUGAAAUUAUAAUCUAUAAUAUUCACAUUAUUUUCUGUGAAUUUUUGAGA